AAAGGCGCGAAAACAGCUUUCUCUUUCCUUUUGGAGGCGGCGAUGGCGGCCGGAGCCUCCUUGCAGGAUUUGCUGGAAGAAGCCACCUGCUCCAUUUGCCUGGACCUUUUCCAGGACCCCGUGCUCAUCCCGGAGUGCGGCCACAACUUCUGCCGGGGCUGCCUGACCCGCAGUUGGGGGACGUCGGAAUCGGAGGCUUCCUGUCCCGAGUGCAGACAGACCUUCGCGCCCCGCAGCGUCCUCCCCAACCGGCAGCUGGCGCGCAUGGUGGAAGUGGCCAGGGGAUGCAGCCGCCAUCCGGGCGAAGAAGGGGGGAGCUUCUGUCCGAAGCACCAGGAGCCCCUCAAGCUUUUUUGUAAGCACCACGAGACCCUCAUCUGCGUGGUCUGCGACCGAUCCAAAGAGCACAAGGGCCACUCGGUGAUCCCUGCGGAGGAGGCUUUCCAGGAAUACCAGAUCAAGGUCAAGGAUUGUCUGAAGGCUCAGAAGGAGCAGAAAGAAAAAAUAGCUACUUACAAAAGAGACACAGAGCAAACAGUGCAGGAGAUGCUUGAUCUCAUUGAAAAAGUCAAAAAAAAUAUAGUGGCUGAAUUCAGAGAACUACAACUCUGGUUGGAAGGACAGGAGAAGCUUCUAUUGACUAAAAUGGAAGAGACGGAGGAGGAUAUUAUGGCAAGAAAGGAGAAGGGUUUGGCCAAGCACAUGGAGGAAGUGCGCUCUCUUGACCAUCUCAUCCAGGAGAUAGAGGAGAAGCUUCAGCAGCCAGCCAGCCAACUCUUACAGGACAUUGGAAGCAUCUUGAAGAAGUAAGUAAAUCCACCCUUUUCUUUACAGUCUCAGAGAUUUGUAGAUCCUCCAGCAGUUUUCCUAUUUUGGAAAGUGCUGGUUGUAUUUAGCAGUAGUUUAAUGUAAAGAGAACUUACUGUAUUUCAGGGCUU